GCUCCCAAUGGGGAUGUUUCUUCCAUUACUGCUGCCGGGGAUAAUAGCUAUGGAUCUGGAGCCACGCACCAUAUCCGUGACAUUACAGCUCGAUGCGUUCUCUACCCCCAUUCUGCCGAUUCAUGUCCUUGGCUCUACACACCUGGGCAUGGCAUUUUCCCUCGAAAUGUUACCGACCCAACUGGCAGAGUACUCAUCGAAACGAAACCCUAUGGCAUCGCGAGAUUCCAUCAUGGGGCAUGGAUUGGGAUGACUAUUCUCGCAGCAGCGUUAUUGAUCUUAUGUGCACUAUUCGCUGGCUUGACAUUAGGAGUCUGUGGUCUCGAUGCGACAUUGCUGCAGCUGAGAUGUGUUACGGGAACACCCAGAGAAAGGAGACAAGCAUGUAUGGUCUUUGGAAUGAAGCGUCGUGGUACUUGGAUGCUAUGCUCUCUCAUCAUAUGCGCAGUCCUAUGUGGCGAAACCUUUCCAUUCGUUAUAUCGACUCUCUACCAUGGACCUCAGAUCUGGGUUCCUAUCCUUGUCUCUACAUGCCUACUCGCCAUCUUCGCCGAGAUCCUUCCUCAAUACUUCAUUCCUCGACAAGCUAUCUCAUGGGGCUACUAUUGCUGGCCACUCAUCUGGGGAUGCAUGUUCCUUACCGCAAUCAUAAGCUGGCCACUUGCUUGGUUGCUGGAUCAGUUUUCUUGCAAGUCCCAAAAAGACAAAUAUCUUAUCUUCAACAACGACGAUCUGGGUACUCUUAUCAAACAUCACGAGCGUUCGGAGAAGAACGGUGGCAAGCUGGGACAAGAUGCAAGCCGAAUCAUGCUUGGAGCUUUGAAUCUCGAUUCGAGAAAAGUUGGAGGUGAAAUUCAUUCGCUUCCACGUCCAAGCUCAGGCGAAAGUGAGAGAGACGCCGAGAAAGCAGAUCUUGUCGUAGUACACGGGUUGAUCGUGCAAUGGCACGUGGUCAAAGUUAUCAACAUUAAUGAGAAGGUCGACAAGGCAUUUAUCAAGAAGGUCAGAAUGUGGUCAUACAGCAGAAUACCCGUUAUUGGCGAGCCUGGAGAUGGAGAAUAUAAAGAGGCAGUCGAGUUAUCGGACUGGAAUGGGAGGAAGAUCUUUGGAUUCCUCCAUAUCAAGAACCUCAUUGGCAUCGACAUCAACGGCAAACGCAACGAGGAUGAGCCUUUACUUGUCAAGGAUUUACCGCUGUAUCCACUGCCUAUUGUCAGAGAUGACAUUUCGGCUUACGAGCUUUUGAACAUGUUUCAACUUGGAAUGGCCAGGAUGGCCGUUGUUGUCCCUGCCGCACCUAAACAGCCACGACUCGUUUUGAACGACGAGUGGGAGGGGCGGACCACACGCUGGACAGGCACUCAGAGAACCAACAAUCAUAUCAAAACAAAAUUGAAAGCAUCCAAGUCGAAAUUCGAUUGGACAGUCGAUUAUCUUGAAGCUGCCCAGUUGAGUGCUAAUGAUAGCCUACUCAGACGCCAUAGAAUCCACGGAAUCCGCUGUCCCAAGCCUGUUGGAAUCGUUACGUUCGAAGAUAUCAUUGAUACGAUUCUCCAGAAAACCAGUUGUGACGAAAACGACUUCUUCGAUCGCCCUACUUCAACUCCACCAACCAAGUGCAAGAAAGCCGGUGAUUAUUCCCCGAGACCUGUUAUCGGUGGCAUAGCCCCAAACAGCACCAUCCCAAUCAAACACUCGAAAGGUCCUAUCUCUUUCGAAAAGUCUAGCCAUCCAAACCAGCUUCGCAAACGCAAACCUUCAGAGAACGAAUACCCAGCGAAUCUGGAUGGCGCAGAUGAACGCAGUUGUGACACCAGCAGCAGUUCCAGUAUGCGAGCGCAAAAGUCACGGAAAGACUUCAUUGAGAGCUCAUACACUCAAAAUAGUCAAGGGGGCUUCCAUGAGUUCGCAAACACAUCAGCUUCAACCUGCCCAGGCACCCCUUAUUCUCCUACCCAGACGAGCAGCUUGCCAUCUCGAAAGACCAGAAGUUCCUUGGGAUCCGGUGCUAGAAAGCAGGCAAUGAGACCUGUCAGUGCCGCUCCAGUACUUCCAAUAUUACGUCGUGUUACUCCUUUUGGGAGAAACACUGAAAGUUACGAGAGAUCAGAGGAAGCCAAACAGGCGGCGUCUGAACUGAUCAUGCUGGCUCCAUCAUUGACUCCUACACCCACUGAGGACUGUCCCGAGCCUUGUCUGGAUGGCCAGGACGUGUCCAUAUUUGAUUUUGAUGGGAGUAUUGAUGGCGAGACCGAAUUUGCGAGAGACCCUGACUGUGAGAUGAGCAGCAAUCUUAUCGUGAUUGAUUCUUCUGAGGAGGAAAAUGAGGAAGGAAUUUCGACGCUGUAUAAUGCGUUCCCCGUUCCACCUAGCGAACAAGGACAGCACGAAACUUCCCUUUCCCGUGAUUUGAAUACUAUCGAGGACGGGGGACGGAAAAAGCCAUAUGAUGGUUUCCCGCCGGAACUGCUAGAGGCAAGCGAUGAGAACAGAGCUGCGAACUACGACUCCAAGACUAUACCAAGAUUGAAAGGAUCCCGAUCCUCCCGGGCCUCGGAACAGAACAUACAUGUUCGAGAGCAGAGCUUCCAUGAUGACAGGGCUUUGUUGCCUAGUCAGCGAAAGGCAAUCAGGCAAGCUGAAAAUAUUAUCAUCGGAACGAGAAGCUCCAGCUUGCGGUGGUAAUUAGACCGGAUGCCAUUAUAAUUACUAGGUCGGAAGG